GUUCUUUAUAUACAUUUUUCGUUAUUCCGUUCCAUAUAAUAUGUAUUUUAACUUAUUCAAACCCAUUCAAUGAACUAUCACGUGCAGAUUGACAAAUGUGCAUGCAAUAAAUCGCGACAGUUGAAACAUGUGUCCGAACGUCACGUACUAUGUAAAGUCUUACAGUUUGUAUUGAUACAAUACACAUUAUACAGUGAAGAACAAUAGUUAAACAAUUUUUUUAGACAAUUUUUUUCUUCUUUCCCCUACCCUAAGAUGCCCCUCCUAGCGAUUCUUAUGGAUCACGUGUGUAUCUAUAUACAUACAUAGUGUUUUGGAAAAAUUAUAUAUAAAGUACAUUACGUUUCGAUCAAACGAGCUAAGAUGUUCUCGUUCAUCAUAUUAAGUAUAAUCUCAAUUGUCCUGCUCCUGGUGUACGUGGCUUACGGAAUGUGUAAUGUGUAUAUUAUUAUUGAUGCGAAGUAAAAAUCAAUUCUUAUUGUUCACUCCGUGUACUGCUAAUCAUCAUAUAUGUGACGUUUGUGAGUUGAAAAAUGGACGUGCAAUUGAUUUUCGGACGAAAACGGUGGACGAAACGAUAAUCCCAGGACCUUUGAUGCGUUGGAAGAUGCCAAAUGUGGCGGUCGUCGCUGUCGCUGCCGCCGCUAUGUUGCUGGUCACCGCGGAAACGGUGUUAGCGGCCGGUGGCGGUGGUGGUGGUGGUGGUAGCGGCGGCGUUUUAUGGUAUCUAAAAUAUGAGCACGAUGUUGCAUAG